AUGUUUCACGAUUUGGAUAAUUGCAAUGAUUUGCCAGAAAAAAAUGGGCUCAAUAACCCUUUCGUUCAAGCUUUAGUUGUUUAUGCUUUGAUUGAAUUAUAUGGUGAUAUGUCCGAUGGAUAUUUUCAAGACAAAAAAGUUACUACCUCUAUUGUUAAUGAAAUUCUAAGAACCUUUACUUUUCUUGGUGGAGAUAUUAUUAGAAAUAUUGACAAGCAUUGUAUUCGAGAAGCCAUUAAAAAAUCCCAUGAAUAUAGAAAAAUUUUCAAGUAUUUUAUUGAUAAUUGUUCAGGCUUCUCUUUUAAUGGAAAAAACUUUGAUCUUUCGCAAGAGGUACUAGAUACCGCUGGCUAUACUGCAUCAUCUUUCCGUUCUCUUUUAACAAAUGAUAGUUAUAAGUUACCUUCUCCAAUUGUUAAUAAAAUCAAUAGGGAUUUACCUCGAAACAUGCAACUUAAAACGACUAAAGUUAGAAUUAUAAGUAAUAUCUUUUUAAAAAACUGUGCUUAUUUAAAAGAUUUUAACAACAUAUUAACAGCAAAUACCACACGAUAUAGUAUAAACUCCAGAGCUAUGCAACUUAACUUUCGUACGGGUAACUAUCCAAACAAUGAUAAUAACAACCAUGAUAAUAAUGUUAAUAAAAAUAAUUGCAACAACAGGAAUAUAUAUAAUAAUAAUAAUGAUAAUGAUAAUAAUAGUAAUAAUAAUAAUAGUAUUGAAAAUAACGAUAGUACCGGUAAUAGUAACGAUAAUAUUUCUAAUAUUAGUAACGAUAACAGUAGAUACAGUAGCAACAAUAAUAGCGUGUCUAGUUUUGAUAGUAAUAAUAAUAAUAAUUCAAGGACUCCUUAUGGUAACAAUAACCAUAGGCAUAUCGACCAUAAUCAUGCAAUUUCUUUUGGUAAUAUUGUUGCUGCAAAUAAUGUUAACCCUUGUAAUAGGAAUAAUAAUGUUUCUGAAACGACGAAUCACGAUAAUGAAUCUAGUGUUAUUAGAAAAAAAAGAAGAAGAAGAAGCAAAUUAUGUGUUCUUGAAGAUCUUAUUUCCAAAAAGGUCGAAUCCUUUUUGAAUAGAACAGAAGAUACUGAUACUUUUACUAUGAUUUGUAAAUUUUUGGAGUCUGGAUUUAUUAACAGAUACGAAUACAAUUUGCUGCAUGAUAUUGUAAGUGAUACUGAUAACAAUUAUAACAUUGAGCUAUGUACAAUUAAUAAGAAAAGAAGAAGGUUUUUUGCAACAGAGAAUGAUUACACAAAAAGAGACAACGUGGUCAAUUUUUUACGUUCGAUUGUAACUGAGUUAAAAGCUAUUUAUCCAGAUUUUAAUAAUUUUUCAGUUUUAACUUCUCAUAUUAAUAGGGUUAAUUCGAAUAUAGAUACAUUCAAUGAAUUAGAAAAUACAAAUGAGUAUCUCAAUAACGCUGACAUUGAUGAAAAUAUAAACACGAAUGAGCAAGAUUCUGAACAAUUAAUAGAGCACACUUUGGAUAUCAUCCGGUCCUCCUUAAUAAUAGAAGAAGGUUUGGAAGAGCCUGACGGAAAUAACGAUGAUAACUGUUUAGAUCAGAGUAUUCACGAGUCGUCUCCUGGUGUUAUGCAGCCGAACGAAAAUGAUGUUGCCAAAGAUGGAAAUGUUGAAAACAAUGAAGAGGAAGAAACUGGAAAUAUGACCAGAGGAGCUCAAGAAGCGCCUGUAAAUUUUAAUAGUGAUGUUGAUAAUUCCAAUACUAAUGUAAAUGAUGAAGACAAUAACGGAUUCCAACAAGUAGCUGAGAAUUGUGUCAGUAAUAUUACUAAAAAUAUCACACCCAGUAGGAAUAGUCAAGGAAAAUCAAACAUAUCCUUUGCUCGUUCAAUGACUUCUGUCUCUGAAACAUCUACCAGAACUGCAAAAAAUUCAUUAAUAGGCGCUGUUAAUUCCAAUAUUACCACUAACUCAAACAGAUUUGAAGCUUUAAAUGAUAGAAGAAGUACUCCAGUUAAAACCAGAUCAAAAACACAGUAUUCUAACAACCAGGAAGUACAGAUAUCAUUUAAGGCUACAAAAAGAGUAACUAAAAAGAAAACUGGAUAA